AUGCGUCAUGGAGGCUCCCGUCAUAUCCGAUUCGACCGACUGAGGGCUCGUCCAUCCUUGUCUCUCCUCUGCCAACGCUCUUCUAGCCUGCGUCCAGAGUGUUUAUCUCUCCGCAAUAGCGACUGCAAAGCUACCUCACCCGUUCGGUUCUUUAGCAAUGACUCGACAAACACCGAUCAGAGCCCGCCCUCGGUGCCUGCACGGAAGUGGUCGACUCCCCUCGCGAAGACAAUAGCGCAGGCGAUUGAGGUGACGGGACCCAUUUCGAUCGCCUCCUACAUGCGCCAAUGCCUCACAAAUCCUGAUGGAGGGUACUACACUACAAGUCGCCCCCCCGCGGAAGAUGGAGACCAGUUCGGCGUAGCCGGCGACUUCAUCACCUCCCCCGAGAUAUCGCAAGUCUUUGGCGAACUGGUCGGAAUAUGGUUCAUGACGGAAUGGAUGGCACAGGGCCGCCCGACCCAAGGUGUGCAGUUCAUUGAGAUGGGGCCUGGUCGAGGGACACUGAUGAGCGACAUUCUUCGGACUAUUGGACAGUUCAAGACCUUCGCGAGGGCCAUAUCGGCUGUAUGGCUGGUGGAAGCAGGAGAGGGACUGCGGAGGAAACAAAAGGACCUGCUUUGUGGCGCAGAGGCUCAAAUGAGGGAGGUUGCCGAUGAGACGGGCAAGAAUGUCUGGUGGGAAGCUACAAGCACUCAGGGAAUCCCCGUCAGGUGGGUAGAGGACAUCGCACUGCUGCCGGCUCAAAAUCAUGACGAAGGAGAUGCGAUGCCCUUCAUCAUCGCGCAUGAGUUCUUCGAUGCUCUCCCUAUCCACGCCUUCGAGUCCGUCGCCCCCAAGCCCGAAGAGGCACAGCAGGAGGAUGCCAGGACCCAGCUUCUCACUGAAAGUGGCCAACCGGUCGCGAAACCAACCACGGCUAGCAAACUCCCACAAUGGCGAGAACUCCUCGUCGCGCCUACGACGCCGAAACUUACGACGCUUCUCGCCUCCGAAACCGAGGAAUCAUCGAGCCACAAAGAGCCUGAACCGGACUUCCAACUCACCCUGGCCAAGGCGAGCACUCCUUCGUCACUCGUCAUCCCCGAACGACCUCGCUAUCGAACCCUGAAAGCUCAAGUGUCGUCGCGUGUCGAGGUAUCACCAGAAAGUGCCCGAUAUAUCCAAGACUUUGCUCGCCGCAUUGGCGGAAACACAGUGCCUUCCGCCAUUUCGAAGGGGAAGCCUAAGCAGGCCCUGGCAGAAGUGCCGACCAAAAAACCCGCCGGAGCAGCACUAGUGAUCGACUACGGGCCCCUGGACACGGUGCCGGUCAACUCGUUGCGGGCGAUCCGCAAACACAAAAUCAUCUCCCCGUUCGUCUACGCCGGCGACGCGGACAUCAGUGCGGACGUGGACUUUGGAGCUCUCGCAGAUGCAGCCCUGGAAGCUAGUCCGGGCGUGGAAGUCCAUGGGCCGGUCGAGCAGGGGGCUUGGUUGUCGCAGUUGGGGAUCAGGGAGAGGGCAGAAAGGCUCCUGAGGGAAUUGGGCAAGAACGCCGGCGUGGGCGCAGGCGAGGAAGCCGAGAAGAGAAGGCGAGAAACUGAAAUGGGAUGGAGGAGACUCGUCGAAGGCGGACCCAAGGGCAUGGGCAAGGCGUACAAAGUCAUGACGAUCCUGCCGGAGAACGGCGGGAGGAGAAGACCUGUUGGCUUUGGAGGGGAGGUGGUCGCUGGGUGA